AUGACCUCGUGCCAGACCUGGACGCCCUCUUCGCAUAUUCGCCAUCCGUGGUUCGACACCACUAUCAUGAAGCGCAAACACCCUGAAACUGUGAGUCCAGACGACGACCUCCCACUAGGUAGCGGUCCGGGAGUCUCUGCUGCAAAGCCACAUCCUCCGAAGCGGCGGAGAUGCAGCAACCUCGAGCAAGGGUUCGCGCAUAUGACUCUCGGACCUUCGCCUUCUAUUGUCGCGGAGCAGGUAUCUCCUGUGGAAACGCUGCCCACAGUCCGUGAGAUACAAAUGGCCAGCGCGGACGCGGACAUGACGCCUCUUGCAUCCACCUCCACAUCACAUUAUUCUACAGAUCGUCCACCUUACACGAUCGAGGAACCGUCCAGCGCACCUGAAGUGAAAAUGAAAAACUCCUCAUGGUAUGAACUGGGGCCUGAUCGAAUAAUUAUUACGGACAUGGAUUCGUUCGCGCAGGAAGACGAAGAGGAGAAUGAAACAAUAUCUGUCAACACUGCUCUCCUCGAUCGCAUCCGCUCGAACACUCUGGAAGCGUCAUCAUCGUCGUCCAAAUCGCCUGCUACAGGACCAAGCCAAGCGCUCAUAUUAUUCAAGCCGCUUGUUGCUCCGGAGGAUAAAGAGGAUAUGAAGAAAAUGCAGGAGGAGGAAGAAGAGAGAAGAAGAAAGCAAGCGGAAGCAAAAGCCGCAGCGGAAAUGGAAAUGUUGAAAAGAGAAGGGGAGACAAUAGACGAAGACGCGAUGGAUGUCGAACCAUAA